AUGGUGGCUGCCUCCAACAAUGCCGGCGCAGAUGAGCACAUCCGGGUGGCGGCUCUCCGCGAGCUCAUGGACGGGCCGACCGUGGUGGCGAUGCUGGAGCGGGAGAACGAGCUGCGGCUGAGCACCAGAGUGCAAGAGCUGUAUGCUGCGGCUGAGCGGCGGUCCGACACGGAUUGGAUGGAGGUGACUCUGGAGCUGCAGAAGCAGGUGGCGACCGAGUUUGGUUACGGGCCUGAUCAUGAUCGGCAUGACGAUGUGCUGGUUGUUCUUCGCCGCGCUGCUGCGAUCUAUCCCGAACUUCCAGAGACGGCCGCCAUUCCACUGUAUGUCAAGCACAACCGCGCGGGUGAGGGCCGAGUCGUUGCUGGCGAGGCCAUCGUUGACGUGCCGCUCCUGCCACUGGCCGACGGCGAGAUCGGGUGUCGCACGUCACUCACUGCUCUGCUGGCCGGGGCUGGCGAGCGGCCGCUGGUGGUCAUUGCCGGCUCGUACUCGUGA